AGGGCGAGCGGUUUUCGAGAACUCGCAUCCGAUCCAACGUUGUCCGUGAUCAGGCCGUGACUGCGAAGCACCGAGCUCAGCCCUGCCGUGGUUGUACGCGGAGGCGGAUUCGAUUGUCUUGCAGCCACGACGGACAGCACGGCCCCAAAGCAAGAUGUCGUCGAACGAGACGUCAAACUGUCCAAAACCCUUUCUCCAGGACACCCUCUUCACCAAUGGCGGCUUUGUGGACGGGAGAAUUUGCGAAACGCUCCCGAAUGGGGUCACCUGCUGCUUGCCUUGUCCCAUGGCGGACUGGGGCUAUCCGGAUAGCUUUAAGACCAUGUCCGCGGCGGCGAAUUGGGUAGCUGUGGCAAGCACGGUGUGCUGCGUCUUCCUCCUGCUCUCGUGGGCCGUCCUCCCGGUCGACAAGACGUAUAGGCAUUAUCUGAGCAUCUGCCUCACCAUGGGCGUCGUGUUUAUGAAUCUCGGCUUCGUCAUCCCCCUCGCCGGCAACCCGGAGCAAUGCUACGACGCAAUCACGCCGAAUUCGAUGAGUACGAGCCCGAUGUGCGCGGCCUCUGGCUUCUUCCUCAUCCUCGGCGGCUGGUCCGGUGUGCUGUGGGUCUUUCUCCGGGCCCUGUCUCUCCACCUCCAGAUCUGCUGGCAGUUGGUGGUCGGGCGGAACUUCAUGUUCUUCUCGCAGGUUGUCGGUUGGGGUGUCCCAGUCAUCGGCGUCAUCCUUGCCUUCGUCCUGAGCGGCGUGUCGUUCCGGUUCGGACAAACCUGCCAUAUCAACCACAAGAACAGCCUGGCCGACCUCUGGAUUCCCCUGCUGGUCUUUGCCGGCUUGACCAUCAUCAUCCAGUUCGCUACCUUCGGCUACUGCAUCAAAGUCUACCUCGCCUCGCUCUCGGACAACAGCGCCACGACCGAAGGCUCGAACAUGCCAUCCUACACGAACAGCAUCCGGACCAUGACCCCGAAGCAGGCCUACCGCCGCGUGCGACGCGUCAUCGCCCUCCAAUGGAGAGGCAUUGUCAUCGUUCUCAUCAUCGUCACCGACGUCAUCCUCUUUUCGAUCGUCUUUGUCUUUGAAGACAACACGGUUCAGGCUGUCAAAGAUGAUGUGACCCUGGCGGCCCCCUGGAUCUUCUGCCUGAUCGAGAACGGGGGCAAUAAGGUGCCGUGUCUGGACCUGGCCAGCUCGCUUGUCGUCGGCAUGCCGACCAUCGGCGCCGUUCUGUUUCUCCUUGGGAUGAACGGCAUUUGGCUUCUCUUCCUGCUCGGCCGUUGGUCCAUGGUCACGGGUUGGUGGGACCUGUUCGUCGAGCUUCCCAACCGGAACAAGAGAGAGUUCGUCUCAGUCGACGCGCGGCUGGAUGAUCUCAAAAAAGACACACGUUCGUACGAGAUGCUGUCCCGGGACACCGGGAAGACCAUGGACGAAUCAGUAACACCCUCCGUAGAGACUCCGAUCUCCCCGACACUCGCGAGGUCGACGGCGGGGAGCCCGAUGGCCCCUGAUCGCUACCCGGCCAACAACGACGGCCGUCGGACUCCCGACUACUUUGGAAACACGGCCCGCUACCACGCGCCGGCGAGGUCGUUUUCGAGCCCACGCCCGCCGCAGACCACCGUGACCUGGGACGCCCGGGAGACGUAUGCGAGACCGACCUCGCCGCCGUACCGGCAGCAGGACAGAUACGUCAACCCGCUGGGUAUGAACCGGAUAUGAUGGCCAUGACGAGACACGAAACCC